AUGGCCGUCCGUCGUCUAGAGGCACUAGAACGAAAACUAAAGGCGGAUCCUCCAUUAGCUGAACAAGUUCGCCAACAGAUAGCUGGCUACGAGCACAAAGGUUAUGCGCAUAAAGCCUCUCUAACGGAACUAACAUCUACACCUAGAAAUCGGGUCUGGUAUUUACCAAUAGGAGUUGUAACCAGUCCAAGGAAACCAAACAAGAUCCGGCUGAUUUGGGAUGCAGCCGCUAAGGUGGGUCAUGUUUCAUUCAACUCCCAACUUCUGAAAGGACCCGAUCUCUUAACGCCGCUUCCAAAAGUUUUAUGCCAAUUCCGACAAUUUUCAGUGGCAGUCUCUGGAGACCUGAUGGAAAUGUUCCACCAAUUAAAAAUCAGGUAUCCAGACUACUUAUCUCAGCGAUUCGUGUUUCGUGCCAAGCCCUCUGAUUAUCCGCAAAUCUACAUCAUGGACGUGGCGACGUUUGGGUCGACUUGUUCUCCAGCGUCUGCCCAAUACGUGAAGAACCAAAACGCCAAAGAACUGUCCAAUGAAUUCCCCCGUGCUGCCGAAGCCAUAAUCCACAAGCACUAUGUGGACGAUUAUCUCGAUAGUUUCCGUACCGUCCAAGAAGCAAUAGAGGUAGUGAACGAGGUCAAAACAGUGCAUUCGAGAGGAGGUUUCAAGAUGCGACACUUCUUGUCCAAUAAGGCAGAGGUCCUACGUGGUAUCGGCGAAGUUGCAGACGCAGAAAGCAAGAACCUGUCGUUGGAAAGAGCUGGGAUUGUUGAAUCGGUACUUGGAAUGAAAUGGCUACCAGGAGACGACGUUUUCACCUACUCCUUCGUUAUGAGAGACGAUCUCAAGCGGAUAUUGGAGGAGGACCUUGUUCCAACGAAGCGCGAAGGUGUUAAAGUGAUUCAUAUUUUUUGUGAUGCCAGCGAAGCGGCGUUCUCAUGUGCUGCUUACUUUCGUGUAAAACUAGACAGUGAAAUACAGGUGGCAUUCAUCGGAUCCAAGACUAAGGUUGCUCCACUCAAAACGAUUUCGAUUCCCCGGCUCGAGCUGAAUGCCGCCGUGCUCGGAACUCGCUUUCUGGAAACUCUACAAAGCUAUCACAGUCUACCAGUUCCCUGGAGAUUUCUCUGGAGCGAUUCGAGUACCGUCCUCUCGUGGAUUUGUUCUGAGCAUCGCCGGUACAAUAAGUUUAUUGCCGUCCGCGUCGGUGAAAUCUUAUCAAGCACAGAUCAAAUAGAGUGGAGAUGGAUCCCCACGAAGCUUAACAUCGCCGAUCAAGCAACAAAGUGGAAUAGUGGACCACGGCUUUCGACAGAGAAUCCUUGGUUUCGAGGACCAAAUUUUCUGUACGAAGAAGAAGGCUCAUGGCCAAUACAGCGUUUAGUUGCUCCGACUACAGAAGAGCUCCGCUCAGAUGCCAUCAUUUUGUGCCACCACACACCGCGGUUGGAUAUCCCAAUCGAUGUAUCCCGGUUCAAUUCGUGGACUAGGAUUCAACGAACGGUAGCAUUCGUGCUCCGCUACGUGGAUAACUGUCGUCGAAGGAAAAGACACGAGAGUCUGCAACUGGGAGUUUUCACUCAGGACGAACUGAAGCGAGCUGAGGAACUACUGUGGAAGGUCGUUCAAAAGGAGGUAUUCGCGGAAGAAUUGUCAAUUCUCGCUAAGUCACAGGGACCUCCAGAGAAACGACACUGUACAGUGUCCAGAUCCAGUUCUAUUUACAAGAUAUGGCCAUUUAUGGACGAUCGUGGGAUCUUGAGGAUGCGUGGCAGAAUCGGUAUGGCUCCUUACAUACCAAAAGAAGCUAAAUUUCCCGCAAUCUUGCCGAGAAAUCACCCAAUAACAUUUCUGAUAAUUGACUGGUAUCACCGUCGCUUUAACCAUGCAAAUCGGGAAACAGUCGUGAACGAGAUCCGUCAACGAUUUGAGAUUCCGAAGCUUAGAUCGAUAGUGGAGAAGAUUGCAAAGAAUUGUGUUCCGUGUCGUAUCUUCAAAGCUGCUCCGAAUCCUCCACCAAUGGCUUCUCUACCAGCGGUGCGUCUUACAUCCUUCGUCCGUCCUUUUUCGUUCGUUGGGAUCGACUACUUCGGAUCGGUUUUCGUAAGAGUUGGCCGAAGUCUCGCAAAACGGUGGAUUGCACUGUUCACAUGCCUGACAGUUAGAGCAGUGCACAUGGAAGUGGUGCAUUCUCUCAGUACGGUAUCCUGUAUCAUGGCCGUUCGUCGUUUUGUGGCUCGCCGCGGUCCCCCACGAGAAUUCUACUCGGACAACGGGACAUGCUUUCAGGGUGCCAGCAAAGAGCUCAAGAAGGAAAUUGAAAAACGAAAUGACGCCCUCGCAUCAACAUUCACGAGCGCCGAAACAAGCUGGAAAUUCAUCCCUCCUGCUGCGCCUCAUAUGGGGGGUGUUUGGGAGAGAUUAGUUCGGUCAGUCAAGGUGGCAACAGGGGCUGUACUGGAUGCGACCCGCAAACCCGAUGAUGAAACCUUGGAGACAGUCAUCCUAGAAGCUGAGGCUACGAUCAAUAGUAGACCGCUCACUUUCGUACCACUGGAAACAGCUGAUCAGGAGGCUUUGACGCCUAACCACUCUUUGCUGGGCGGUUCUACUGGAGUGAAAAUUCACCCUACGGCUCCCGUGGACAGCCGCACUGUAUUGAGGAGUAGCUGGAAGUUAGCGCAAUUCAUCACUGAAGAAUUUUGGCGGCGUUGGCUCAAGGAGUACUUGCCUGUAAUCACCCGCAGGUGUAAAUGGUUUGAAGAAGUGAGGGAUCUGGCCGUUGGCGACUUAGUGUUGGUAGUCAGUGGAUCCACGAGGAGCCAGUGGUCAAGAGGACGCAUCGAGCAGGUGUUUCCCGGCAAGGACGGGAGAAUAAUCAAGGAAUUGGACUUUGGGGAUGCACAUACCACGAGAGCUUCAGAAGUAUUUCUUUUCAGGAUUAUGGAGAUUUCCUUGUUGUUUAUGAAGAUGAUGGAGCUAACCUUGUAUUACUUGGAGGAAAAGAAGAAUACGGAGUCGGAGAAAGAGAAGAAGGAGGAGAAGGGGAUGGAAAAGGAAAAUAAGAAGCAGAAGUAG